AUGCUGCGACUGGCUCCCACCGUGCUACUCUGUCAAUGUAAACACGCAAAGAACCGACAGCCGCGGCGUCCGACGCACCAUGCGUUGAGUAGCACCAAGUUGGGCAAGGAGCGCUUUGACCUGGCAGAGGCCCUUCGUCGUGACAGACAACGCGUAGAACGUAACCGAACGCUACCGUGGCGUGCUCGCAUAAAGGAGCUUCGGUCGUUUCCAUGGAAAUUUUUUGUCGCCUUUAUGCUGCUGUGGUCGUGGAUGGGGACCUACGUGGUGCCGUAUGUGAAGGGAAUGCGUCCACGGGAACUCCCUUCGCUCGGGGAGGGGCGCGACAUCCCGGAGGAGCUUCGGCAGCGAUCCACGCCGAUGCCGCUGUUUAGAUACACGGUAAACAACGCCAACGUUCACAAAUAG